AUGCAAAAGGUCGUGGCCAUGCAGGCAAGAAGGCUUGAAGUUGAGCCAGCGUUGUCUUUCAAUGUUCCACCUUGUAGCCUGAGCAGCGAUGAAUUUAUGGCCAAGUUCUGCGGUAUAUACGAGCAUGGCGAGUGGGUAGCGGAGAAGGUUCUGUCGAAAGGAAUAUCUGAAGCGGAUACGUCAAUCAAUCACUUGGCCAGUAGAAUGAAGAAAGUCGUUGACGAGGCUGGGUACGACACGCGGCUGGCACUGCUACGAUCGCACCCCCAGCUGGUUGGAAAGCUGGCUAUUGCAGGCAAACUGACGGCGGAGUCCACUGCAGAGCAGGCUAGUGCCGGCCUGGAUAAAUGCUCUGCUAAAGAAUUCUCUGAGUUCCAACGGCUGAACGCCCUGUACGUGGACAAGUUUGACCAUCCGUUUAUCGUAGCUGUGCGCGGCCUCUCACGCGCCGAUAUCCUGGAUAUGUUCACCUCGCGUAUCAACAACGAUGCGCACACAGAGUUUUCUAAAGCGUUGCAACAGGUACAUAAAAUAGCUCGUCUGCGCCUGCACAUGCUAGCCAGAACUGAAGUGUCAAAACUAUGA